UCGUCAUAUAAAUCCUUCUGCGUACACGUAGCAGGUCGAUAACGAGGAGCGGCGACACGUCGUGAGUCGUGACGGCCGUUUCUUUCGCGCCGUAUUCUAGAGAUCUCCAUCCAGCUCUUGCUCUAUCUUCUUGUCCCCACGAAGAAAAGGCGGCGAGAGCAUAAGCAAAAACCACACAGCUUGCACUUUAGGAGACCGACACAGAGAGAGAGAAAGGGGAAAGGUUCGCUUCUUCUCACAGCUUGUUUUCCUUUGGGUGCCAUGGCCGAUCCGGCGGAGGAGAACGUUGCCUCGCCGCCUCCGACCCCGGCGGCCCCAGCCGAGGGCGUCUCGGACCCGCCCCUGCAGCCUGCUGCUGACGGCGCCUCAACGGAGAAGGUGUCUGCUCCGGCGCCGGAGGUAAGGUCCCGGGGAUUCAGGCUUCUUGGAGAGGACAACUCCGUGCACAAGGCCCUUGGGGGCGGUAAAACUGCUGAUGUUCUGUUAUGGAAAGACAAGAAAACUUCUGCUGUUGUAAUAGGGGGUGCAACUGUCAUCUGGGUUCUGUUCGAAGUGCUUGAUUACCAUCUCCUGACUCUGAUAUCCCAUGCACUGAUUGGUGUGCUUGCCAUCUUAUUCCUCUGGUCCAAAGCUACCACCUUUAUCAGGAAGAGUCCACCAGAUAUUCCAGUAGUGCAGAUACCUGAGGAUCUUGUUGUGAAUGUUUCACGAGCAUUAUGCAAUGACAUCAACAGAGCACUUCACUUAUUCCAUGAGAUUGCAAUGGGGCAUGAUCUGAAGAAGUUUUUGUUUGUGAUCGUGGGGCUGUGGGUUAACUCUGUAUUUGGAAGCAGCUGUGACUUCCUCACCUUGAUAUACAUUGCCGUCCUGUUGCUCCACACGGUGCCAAUCUUGUACGACAAGUACCAGGACAAGGUGGACCAUUUCGCUGGAAGGGCACACACCGAGGCCCUCAAGCAGUACGAGGUGCUGGAUGCCAAGGUCCUGAGCAAAAUCCCCAGGGGUCCGGUCAAAUCCAAGAAGCAGAACUAGGAUCAACCGCAGAUUAUGAAUGCUGGUGUCCUUUUGCGUGAAUGGCUUUUCGUUUGCAUGGUAUAUACAUGUAAUCUCGAUCGGUCUGAUGGCUUCAGCUUGGUUCUUUUGCUACUACUUUGUGCUGAUUGUGGGUGCAUGCUGCUCCCUAUCUCCGUGAUGCCAGUUGAUGUUACUCUAGUCCUAUGUAUGUCAGUGUGUACGUGAUACAGAUGUUGGGAUGGUACGUUUACGGUUUAUGCUACUGCUGUAGCUUGUAAAUUUCAGUGGUAAAUAAAUAAACCCUUGUUGCUCAGCACGA